AUAUAUAGGUAUUUGUCUUUUUCUCGAGCUAGUCGGUCAUAUAAAACUUACUCUUGCACGCUGAGCCCCGUUUAGACAUGACCAAAUACAUGCAUCAACGGCAACAAUGGAUAGCCCGUCGAAUUACUUUCAAGCCCAAGGGCUACACUCUCGAUCCACUUACUCAUCCGUCUCUUCACAAUCUACCCAUGCAAGCCUUCUGUCCAGUCCUACAUUUAGCAGUACUUCAAGUGCCCCCUCGUCAUAUACCAACUUUACCGAUAACAGCCGCUCCUGCCAAAGUUUUUACAUGAUGACUGUCAGUGACGAGGAGCACAGUCGUGCUAAGAGACUCGUAAAGGAGCAGUCAUCUAGUAAUCAACAGAAGGCAGCUACCGCCGUUCUGUCUAGUGUCGCUGAUGGGACGGUGGUGCCUUCAACGGUAAUGCUGGUCCAGGCCCUACUAGACCUCGGCGCUGAAGUCUGUUUUCAAAGACGCAAGAGCACCAACGUCUUGAAGAUUGCGUUGAACAAAGACCAGACCGACAUACGCAGCGAUCUAUUGGACAGAGCAAUUCACAAUUGCUCCCAUGAGAUCAUAUUGCUUCUUGCUCAAAACGCCGAUGAACAGGCUGUGAAUCAAGCAUUUCCCAUUGCCAUCGACCAAAAUGACCCAGAAAAGAUUAGGAUCUUACUUGCCAGAGGUGCUAACGCAUCUUUAUGGUGUAGUAAGUUCCUAGACGCUGUUGAGGUUGGCUCCGACGAAGUUGUUAACGAAUUGACGAGAACACACAACGGUGCCUGCCAGGACUGUCGCGAUAGGGGUUUGAUUCGUGCAGCAAUGUUUGGACACACAAACAAAGCUCAGAUUCUCUUGGAUAGAGGCGCAAAUCCAAACUUUGAGAGAGCGAAAGCACUCGGGGUUACUAUCCACAGCGGCAGAGAAGAUAUCGGCGCACUUAUUGUAUCCCAAAUGUCGAUAAGGGUCCAGCCAGAUUUACUAGACAUGGCUAUUGGGGAUGCAUAUAGCAAGUCAAAAUAUCAGAUUUUGGUAGCAUGUUUGAAGGCCAGAGAAGGGGGCCCCACCGAAACAGUAAAUCGGAUACUGCUCCAAGCCGUCGAACGCAAUCAGUUCGACUUAGUUACUCCUCUUCUCCAGAGCAACGCUUCUGUAGAAUAUCAGGGAGGAGCUGUUGUGAUUGCUGCCGUACUCAGCCGACAUCACAAGUUACUACAGGCAGUGCUCUCGAGCGGCAAAGCAUCACAAUCAUCCAUGGCCGCAGCGAUUUCUCGGGCUACCGAGUUAGGCGAUUCUCAGAUCACCUGUCGCAUGGUGCAUGCCUUGGUCUCUGCUGGCCUUCGCGGCGAUGCCGUCAACAAGACAUUGUUAAGAAUCCUUGAUCCAACGUUUGCAGCAGGUAAUGAUGACUCUCGUCUUGCUCUGGCACGCUUCCUCAUAGAUAAGGGCGGUGCAGAGGUCAAUACCCAACAGGGUAGGGCUUUCAUACUCGCCGCAACCGAGGGGUGGGCGAACAUUCUGGGCCUCCUCAUUCGCUAUCAGCCAUCUUUCGCGUCACUUAGAGCGGCCAUGCCGCCUAUAAUGCGACUCAAAGACCGCGAGAUAAGAAGUAAGAUGAUCAAUAUGGUUAUAGAUUUUGGCAAUAGUGACCUGCUCACCUCUGAGAAUCUGAAAGUUGCGGCAGUAUCAUCAGCUGCAGAAGCCUUGCGUCUCGAUGUUUUACAACAUUUAGCCCUACGCGGUCUGUCGGAUUCGGCUAUUCUUGCUGGGUUUUCCGCAGCAAUUUCAUCUGGAAGUGAAUGGACUACACCUUCUGGUCUCUCUGUUAUCCAUUUCCUCCUAGACUUAGGUGCUUCGGGCCCUCCUGUUGAUGAAGCUUUUUGUCAUGCAACGAAGUUACUUGCGCAUGAUGCUAUUAUGCUACUAAGAGAUUUUAUCAGCGAAGGGUGCGUGAACCAAGCUCUCCUAGGCAUGAUAGAGAGUUCUCAGGAAUGGCAUUCUCCCGACGACAGCAAUCUCUGGCUUAUGCAGUAUCUGCUCGAGUGGGAAGCCCAAGGGGAACCAGUAAAUAUUGCUCUUCUCAAAGCUCUGGAUGCAUACACCUCCUCACCGAAGUUAGCAUCUAAAGAUCUUGUCGAUACGCUCCUUACGAUAGCUGAUGUUAAUUUCCGGGACGGCGAGGCGCUCAAAAUAGCUAUCAAAGGUGGCGACGCGUCACUCCUGCAGGAACUGGCCUUUCUAGAUGCUAAUAAAGAGACGAUGACGCAUGCGUUUUGCGAGGCCAUCACAGCACAACUAGAAGAGGAAAAAGUGCUAGAACUACUCCAAGUUCUCAGCGACCGGGAGCCUGGAUGUCAACCUGAUUUCGAGAGACUCUUACCUCAUCGAUUUCCGCCACUUUUCGACUGCCUUAUUACGCACCCGGAAUCAGUAAAGCUACUCAAACGUUUGAUCAAACUAGGCUGCAAGGUAGAUGCGACGGCCCUCAUCAAGCUUUACGAUACAACGGAGCCUGAAUAUGCUACCACACUUGCAUGGGCCUUAUCCCAGACCGGAAGAGGCCGAAUAGUGUCUUCGGCUGUCAUAACGAAGCUAAUAGAGGCGAAGGCAAACGUCAAUUUUACAGCGUCGUCUUCCCAAACAACACCCCUGAUACUCGCUGCGAAGAACUCUCGUGGAGACAUUGUGAAGAAACUACUCGAAGCGAAAGCUGAUUCCCGAAGCCACGACCGUUUCGACAAAGCGGCCCUUUUCUAUGCCUCCCAAGUCGGAAAUAUCGAUGCUGUGAAGGCUCUGUUGAAGACCGAAUUCCGUCUGAACGACGGCAGUCUCCACGAAGCAGCAAGGAAUCUACACAGAGAUUGCGUCGCCGCUCUAAUCAAGGCCAAAUACGAUCCAAACUUCCGCAGUAGUAGGGUGGAGUACAAUGGGCGUAAUGCUCUCCAGGAGAUGGUAUACCGGUGUGAUGGCUUGCAAAAGGUGCCAGAUAUGGAAGCAACCAUUUUGGCCCUUGAGAAGGGGGGAGCUAACCCCCUUGAAAAGUGGCGGGGGAAAACAGCGCUAUUCCUUGCCUUAAGCAACCCGCGGCCAUAUCAUAUUACUCAGGCCUUCUUAAACAUAGGAAAGUGGUGCGAGAGCAACAACCCCAAGAACGUUAUUGAAGAACUUCACCCUGGAACAGGAGAGAAGUUCUAUCUUUCACCUACCGUUUGGCUUAGACGAACUGCAUAUGAGAUUAAUGCGGGUAUCAACGCUCAAUUGGAGAGACUCUUAAAGACCAUGGGAUGUGAAGACCGGUACUUCGCUCCGCUUGGUUCAGAACAGCCAGAUGGUGCCGUAGGCUUACCUGACGACAUUGCCAAAGAGGUUAAGCGUCGCAAAGACGAGCUAGACAAAUAUUACAAAUCCGAAUUCGAGCACCAAACAAAGAUACGUCGUCACUACGAAGAAGAGGAAGCGCAACACGAGCUAUGGAAAGAAAUGCAGUCUGAGAAGACGACCCAGAAGGUCAUCCAGUCUGCUACGAUUCAUCAGAACCAACUGUAUCAGAACAUGCAGACAGGCAAACUGCAGCAGGAUACCCUGGCGCAGAAAAACGCUCUGACCGAGCUGACUCUCCAAAAUCAACAACAGCUGAAACUCAACUUCCAGCAGCUGACGACCAAGCAACAGCAGGAGGCGCUGAUGCAGAAAAAUGCUAUACUUCAAACCCAACAACAACUCAAACUCGACUUCCAGCAGCGGACGGGGCAGCAAAAGGUACAGCUUCAAGGACAACAGAACAUGCUGACGCGCAAAGCCCAACAACAGCAAGUCUCGAGUGCCCAGAGGAUGAAGGCGAUCAAAGCGAGCGAGGAGCAAGCAAAGCUCAAAGCCAAGAAAGCAAUGCACAGGGAAGACCUCAUAUACCAAGCUGCAAAGCAAAUGGUGUGAGGCAAGCUUUCAAGUACCGAAGUUAGUUCCUCAUAUCAUCAAAGGAAACGUCGAGAGGAGUUGGCAAGAAGGAGGCCAUGUGGGUGAUCCGCUUUAGACAUGGCAGUUCGGAUAGCCCGACCAGCCUAGCUUUAAUAUCAAAUUAUGAAAGGUAGAUGCAGCGAAGCUGUAGUGGAGGCUUUAUUAGGGAUGCCGGUUCAGAGCAUACGCUUUUCUAUAUACUCUUUGAUAUAGUUGCUCUCUUUGUAAGAAUUUCCUAUUAACGACAGUACUCCUCAAAAUCUAGGAAAUGACGGUUGGGACAUAGAAACGGUCAGCUAAAGGUUAUGUUAUCAGUGUGCAGUGUAAGAGCCAUCAUUACCUGUCAUCGGGGCGAUCUCUUAGCAACGCAACUUGAGGACGAAUGGACCCAGGGUAUUCAGGAAAUGGGAAGGAGGGUGGUCUGGACGAAGCAGAAGCGGCAUCGUCCGGAGCGGGACGAAGUGGGGCGUUCCGGGACGCCGAUGCCAAAACGGAGCACUGCCCGGCUACUGCGAGAGAGUUGAAUGCAACUAGCUAGUCAGAACGGCCUAGGAUAUCCCCUAGCUGGUUUGCAAAUCCAACUACCUGAGGUACCUAAGUAGGAAGAGCCGCUCUGGAAACUACCUCAUGAAGAAAGAGUGCCCGAUCGUGAAAAGUGAGCUGCACUGCAACCAAAU